AUUACAUUUGGUUGAGUCAUUCUUGGGCCCUAAGAGACGGACAGACAGAGUAACCACGUGAGAAUAAAACACUAAAUCAAAAUAAUUAGAUUGGCUACAAAACUACCCCAGAAAGACACUUGGCAAAACCUCGCCAAGUUGUUAAAACCUGACCGCGAAGUCCAAACCAUUGGCGAGAAAAAGCACGGAGAGAUAAUAUAUAGCCAUACCUGGGGCCCCUACCAAGCUGCCAAGAAAGACUAUUAGCAGGCCCACUCCCGCUAAGUGGGCGGGCCUCGGCGUCCUGCGGCACAAUGACUGGAGGGCACAGCUAAGGGCCUCCUUUCUCUGCCGGAGAAGGGCAUGCCCCAGGUCACGGGUCAUCGUUCUCAGAAAAACACAAGUUCUUUGAUGGAGGCCCAGGAAAGCUUUCCCGUCCCCUCCUCCUUUCCCCAAGAGCAAAGUUGGACGGAGCUGCAAAGUUGGCGGGAUUCCGGGUCAAGUGACCCUUAGGGCGACCUCAGGCCCUGCCGAGCCGCUCCCAUUCGGAUUAGGACUGCGACUGUGCGUGAUUCGACAUUCCCCGCCACGCCGCGCCCCUCGCCGCGCCCCCAACCCCCACCGCCCUCGGCCCCCUGCUGGGGGCGUUCGCGGCGAGAAGAGGGGCUGGGCGCGCAUGCGCUCCCGUCUCCAGGCAACGGGAAUAACAGGGGCCAGCUGAGAGCGCCUGCGUGGCCGUCGGUUGAGUGAAGGGGGUUUGGUCCGGAAAACUAAGUCCUGAGCCGUUGACCCUAAGAGCCUCAGGUAUGCGGAAGGGCGGGGAGACAUGGGGUCAGCACCUCGACCUCCCAAGGGCCCGGUGGACAAAAGAGUGAAGGCUUGUCUCCAAAGCGGAGUCCCCAGUGGGGGCGCCCGGCUGACCUUCCAGGACAGAAUGUGACUUCCGUGUUCCGGAUCCAAAAGGCUCCGCAGUCAGGCUUCAGUCCAGGCCCUGAAUGGCUGGUCUGCAUUUGGCACCACCUCUGCCUGUGGGUGUUAUGCUGCCGUAUAAAAAAACGGAAGCUCCAGAGUUCCACUCAACUAAGCAAAGCCCCUGUGAAAAAACGGACUCUUCCCUGCUGUCCUCCAUGGGGCACCUGAGGAGCAAUUCCCAGGAGAAGCUUUUGAGCAACAAAGAGCCAGCGCUGGGUAGUCUGCACACUCAGUCCCGAUGGCACACCUGCACCAAAACCCAGAGCUACUUCUGUCCGCACUGUGCUGGAACCGGGCAGCCAGAUCCAAGAAGCAAUCUCCAGAGUCAAGCACAGGGUUUCUUUUACUCAUCAGGCCCUCAAUCGCGGUAUCCCAAAGCAAAUAACCAGGAAUUCAUCCCCUUUACAAGGAAGCGAGUUGGGGUGGACCGGGCAUACCCACUGAAACCCGUGUUCCAUCGGAAGUCUCGAAGUACAGGUGAGAGUGGCAUGGACUGGGACCCGAAUGUCUCUCCAAGACCCCCCGAGCCACGGGAGUUUUCAAGCAGCAGCUCUGGUCUGAGGAACUGGGCAAACUCAUCUGUAGUCGGUACUGUUGCUGCCACGCAGGUGGAGAGGGCCAUGGCAAACCCCAAGAGGACUGAGUGGAUGCAGAUCCAAAGACUAGAAGCCGCAGGGGAGAGUUUAGAGGAGGAAAUCCGAAGAAAAGAGACCCUCCUGAGGGAAAAACUGAAGAAGACGGAAGAGGAACUCAGAAGGAUCCAGAAAGGAAAGGAACAGACUGAGGAAAAUGAAGAAGGAGAGGUACAAAGACUGACACGCCUCAGGAGGAGAGUUCAAGGGAACAGCAUCGCCCUGCACAAACCGGUCUUCUCCCAGGAAUACGAGCCUAAGGAGGCCUUCGGUAGAGACAGUGGAGAGGCUGAAACUUGGGCACGGUCUCACGAAAAUUCCAGUCCACUCUUGUUCUCUGAUUAUGGGAUACAGAUCCUCAAAAGGGAAAGACUAGUGGCAAGCAAUAGCAAAAUCCAAGACCAAGUCUCGGAGCCGGUGAAAGAGAAGUUUUCUCAGCCUUCACAGGCGCCAGGCAGUGCUUUGCCAGGGUGCACCAGCAACUCGAACUUGCCUAGGGCACCAGACUCCGCGGGUUCCAGCUGUUCCACCGAAGAGCCAGAGCUCGGCGAGUGCAGUCACUGUGGACGCAAGUUCCUCCUGCUCAGGCUAGAGAGGCACUCCAGUGUCUGCAGCAGGAUGCAGGGUUCCAAGAGGAAAGUGUUUGACUCCUCCAGGGCCCGGGCCAAGGGCACAGAACUAGAACAGUACUUGAACUGGAAGGGACCAGCCUCAGUCAAGGCUGAACCGCCUCGGAAGAGCAACUGGAGACAGAAGCAUGAAUCUUUCAUCCGUACCCUCCGCCAGGCUCGAGAGGUCCAGCAGGUCAUUGCCAAAGGUGGAAACGCCUCAGACUUGCCUCCCAUCCCGCCUGCAGAAAACCCAGACUAUAUUCAGUGUCCUCACUGUAGCCGCCACUUUGCUCCCAAGGUGGCUGAGCGGCACAUUCCCAAGUGUAAGACCAUUAAGAACCGUCCUCCACCUCCAAGAAAGCAUUACAGUUGAGCAGACAACAGUGGAAACCUCCUCGAUAGCUCCAGGAAGCUCUGCUUCUCUUCAGCAGUAAGUGGGAGAAUAAUUUGAUGCAAAGCAGGAAGAACGAAACUUUUACAUCUCCCAGAUCUACCCAGAGCUGAAAUCAGUGAGGAGAAACCCACUGCUAAGCAGCAGAAGGCAGAAGGAAAGCUCACUCCCCACUAAAUUACCACCUCAGGCUGGUGGGUCUUAUGUUCGUUCCCUAAGAACUGAUGGGCGAAGACACACGAGUAGCAAGCAGGCUACAUUAAAGCCACCUUACAGGCUCACUUGUGGUUUGUGCUCAGUGCCUGCAUUUGUUCUGCCUUCUUGCCACUGCCUCUGCAUCUCUGUCUGUGGUUCGUUAACUCUUCCUGCUCUUGCAGGAAGUUGGCUCAUUAGGAUGAGCGGUCUCAGAGGUUCAUG